AUACACACACAAGAGAGAACCCCAUUGCCAUAGACAAAUAGUGGCGGCAGGUUCAGCAUAGGGCAGUGAUACUAGCUAGUAGUGGCACUACUCCUUUCCUUUUCUUUUUCCCUCCUUGAGAUUCUUCUCACUUUCAUGCCGUCUCCCUUCCAUCGCCACAAAGGCAGUACGAAAUUUCGAGUUCCUGGUCUCCUGGAGAGGGCAGCAGAAAGGGAGAGAGUAUGGAGAUGGCGCUAACUCCAUUGCCGCUCCUGUGUUCGUCCGUCUUGUUCUUGGUGCUAUCUUCGUGCUCGUUGGCCAAUGGGAGGGAUACGCCUUCUUCUUCUUCUUCUUCUUCUUCUUCUUCUUCUUCUUCUUCUUCUUCUUCUUCUUCUUCUUCUUCUCCGGCGACGUCUACUGUGGCCACCGGCAUUUCCGCCGCCGCCGCCGCCGCCGCCAAUGGGACGGCCGCCUUGUCUUCGGCAGUUCCGGCGCCUCCGCCUGUUGUGAUCGUAGUGCACCACCAUUUCCACCGCGAGCUGGUCAUCGCCGCCGUCCUCGCCUGCAUCGCCACCGUCACGAUCUUCCUUUCCACGCUCUACGCUUGGACACUAUGGCGGCGAUCUCGCCGGAGCACCGGCGGCAAGGUCACCAGGAGCUCAGACGCAGCGAAGGGGAUCAAGCUGGUGCCGAUCUUGAGCAGGUUCAACUCGGUGAAGAUGAGCAGGAAGAGGCUGGUUGGGAUGUUCGAGUACCCGUCGCUGGAGGCAGCGACAGAGAAGUUCAGCGAGAGCAACAUGCUCGGUGUCGGCGGGUUUGGCCGCGUCUACAAGGCGGCGUUCGACGCCGGAGUUACCGCGGCGGUGAAGCGGCUCGACGGCGGCGGGCCCGACUGCGAGAAGGAAUUCGAGAAUGAGCUGGAUUUGCUUGGCAGGAUCAGGCACCCCAACAUUGUGUCCCUCUUGGGCUUCUGUAUCCAUGAGGGGAAUCACUACAUUGUUUAUGAGCUGAUGGAGAAGGGAUCACUGGAAACACAGCUUCAUGGGUCUUCACAUGGAUCAACUCUGAGCUGGCACAUCCGGAUGAAGAUCGCCCUUGACACGGCCAGGGGAUUAGAGUACCUUCAUGAGCACUGCAGUCCACCAGUGAUCCAUAGGGAUCUGAAAUCGUCUAACAUACUUUUGGAUUCAGACUUCAAUGCUAAGAUUGCAGAUUUUGGUCUUGCUGUGUCUAGUGGGAGUGUCAACAAAGGGAGUGUGAAGCUCUCCGGGACCUUGGGUUAUGUAGCUCCUGAGUACUUGUUGGAUGGGAAGUUGACUGAAAAGAGCGAUGUAUACGCGUUCGGAGUAGUGCUUCUAGAGCUCCUUAUGGGGAGGAAGCCUGUUGAGAAGAUGUCACCAUCUCAGUGCCAAUCAAUUGUGACAUGGGCAAUGCCACAGUUGACCGACAGAUCGAAGCUCCCCAGCAUAGUUGACCCAGUGAUCAAGGACACCAUGGAUCCAAAACACCUGUACCAAGUUGCAGCAGUGGCUGUUCUAUGCGUGCAGGCUGAACCAAGCUACAGGCCACUGAUCACAGAUGUGCUCCACUCUCUUGUUCCUCUAGUGCCGACGGAGCUCGGAGGAACACUAAGAGCUGGAGAGCCACCUUCCCCGAACCUGAGGAAUUCUCCAUGCUGAUAUCUGAAUAUCUGAUACAGCAAGUUUGUCAAAGCAAGGGAAAAUAUUUAUACAGUUUAGUAUAGAUUCUUAUGUAUAACUUAUGUUACCUGUACUUGCUCCUUGUUUGAGGACGAGAGUUAGUCCAACCUAUCGCUUCUUGGUUGGAUUGAGAGACAAGUCUCACUUUCAUACUCCCUCCGUAUUUUAAUAUACGACGUUGUUGACUUUUUGAUAAACAUUUGACCUUCCAUCUUAUUCAAAAAAUUUAUGUAAUUAUAAUUUAUUUUAU